CCCUGGAGGUGGAUUUCUGGGAUCUUAGGAGUAAUGUGCCUUUUGUUGAUGGCUAUUUUGGGAAUUGUGUUGAAAAACUCAUUUCAUAAGCCAGAUAUUCAACCCACACUGUCUCCAGGAAACUACAUCAAAUCCCAGGAAGACUCUGACUGCUGUUCUUGCCAGGAAAGAUGGAUCGGGUACAGCUGCAACUGUUACUUCAUUUCCAGUGAAAAAAAAACUUGGCAAGAAAGUAGGGAUUUCUGUAUUUCUAAGAACUCCACACUUCUUCAGAGACACCACAGAGAUGAAUUGCAUUUUAUGACAUUUGGUAAAAAAUUUUACUGGAUUGGAGUCACCUACAGUGAAGAACAACAAGCCUGGGUGUGGCUGAAUGGCUCUGCUCUCUCUCAAGAUCUAUUGUCAUCCUAUAAAACUGCAAGAUCCACAAACUGCAUAGUGUACAACCCAAACCUUGGUGUUCAGGAUCAACCUUGCAUGUGGACAAACUUAUAUAUCUGUAAGCAAGAACUUAUAUAG